AUGGAGUUAUUCAACUCAGCUCUCGAGAAAAACAUCACUUUUGUGCAUCCCGCAUAUUUUAUAAUAAGAGGUUUAUCUAACAUACCAAUAAUGAAACAUUACUGUGUCUUUCUCUGCUUUGUUUAUAUUGUUUCAGUGCUGGGAAACACAGCUGUAAUGGCUGUAAUAUACUUGGAUCAUAAUCUGAGAACUCCAAAAUAUGUUGCAGUUUUAAAUUUAGCAUUUGUGGACCUGUUUGGUAGCUCUGCUCUGGUGCCGAAGCUUCUUGACAUCUUUCUGUUUAACCAUCCCCACACCAACAACGACUGCUUGACAUUCCUUUUUUUCUGCUACACCUGCCUUUCGAUGCAGUCAUUUAAUCUGGUUGCUCUGUCCUAUGACAGACUGAUAGCUAUCAUCUUCCCUCUGCACUAUCAUGUGAAGGUGACCCACAGGUCCAUGUUGUCUUUGAUCGCCUCUUUCUGGGUCUUUAUUAUAAUUGCUGUACUCAUAGCAGUUGGCCUUCUUACGAGACUUUCCUUCUGUAAAUCUGUGGUAAUUAACAGCUAUUUCUGUGACCAUGGCCAGAUAUACCGACUUGCGUGCAAUGACCAUUUCCCCAAUUAUGUCGUCAGUUGUUUGUACCCUGUUCUUAUUUUUUGGCUUCCACUUGCUUUUAUCUUGUUAAGUUACCUAUAUAUUGGGAUGACAUUGUCUAAAGUGGCCACAGUUCAGGAGACACUCAAAGCCUUUAAAACUUGCAUAGCUCAUCUCUCUUUGGUGGCAAUCUAUUUUAUUCCACUGUUAAUCACAUUUACCCUGAUGGAAAAUAUACAUCCAAAUGCCAGGAUCAUAAACCUGUCUGUUACCUCCAUCUUUCCUCCCACGUUGAACCCAAUUAUUUAUGUUCUGCAGACACAAGAAAUCAAAGAAUCUGUGAAAAAGUUGUUAAAAUUCAAAAGGAAAUCCAAAAUAACAGUAAAGAAAAUAAUCAUGAAGUGA